AUGGAGUACAAGCAGGAUAUAGAGACAGCGGUAUCCAGGGCCACUGAUGGAAAACUGAGGACGGAUAACUGGCAGUACCUGCUAGACGUAUGCGAUUUGGUAAAGGAAGAACCAGAGGAUGGCGCGCAGUAUGUUAUGGAGGCGAUAGAUGAACGCCUGCAACAGGCAGAUGCAAAUGUGAUUUUACGAUCGUUGUCUCUUGUGGCCUGUCUAUCUGAAAACUGCGGUUCCAGGGUACAGCAAGCCGUGGCUUCCAAAAGGUUUACCGGCCUAUUAUAUUACCUCAUUGAAGACAAGCAUGUCCAUGCCACGGUCAAACGUGAGAUAGCCAAAGUUGUGGACCAGCUUUCGUCCUCGUUUCAACGUGAUCCCUCCCUGAAGGGGAUGUCUGACCUACUACAGAAGAUCAUUCGUAGGUACCCUCACCUGGUGGCUGAACCCAAGCUUCCGCAGAAACGUGAGAUGAGCGCUGAUGCGAAGCUACAGGAAGACCAGGACCUAGAGGAGGCAUUAAAGCUGUCUUUACAGGAAUAUGAGCAACAACAGCGACACAAUGGAGGACAGCCGCCACAGCAGGCACCGGCCGCUUUGGCUAGUGAAACAAGCUUACCUGAACAGCCCCAGCCACAAAUAGUACGCCGUGUGAAGGCAAUCUUUGAUCUAAAUGCGAGCGAACCGGACGAGCUGUCGUUCAAAAAGGGUGAUGUGAUUACUGUGAUUGAGCAGGUAUAUAAAGACUGGUGGAGGGGCCUGCUGCGCGGCAAGGUUGGUAUUUUCCCAGUGAAUUAUGUCGGCGUAUGCCCUGAGCCAACUGCAGAGGAGGUAGCUAAGGAGGCUGCUCAGGAGCAUGCUGUCUUUGCGCAAGCCGGCAAUGUCGAGAACUUGCUCCAGAAACUAAGGGUCUCCCAGAAUGUGGAUGUGACACACGAAGACGAGAUAUCAGAACUUUACUCUACCGUCACACCGCUUAGACCACAUGUCACGAAACUCAUCGGUAAAUAUGCGCAGAAGAAGGAAGAUCUUGCAUCAUUGCGCGAGGUUCUGGCCAAUGCGGAGGCUACAUACAACAUGAUGCUAGAGAAGGCAACAUGCUACAGCUCGAGCAAUUUUAUGCCUUCAACCCAGCACCGGACAUACCAGCCAUCGGGGCAAGCAGCACCUUAUUCCAAUUAUGAAUUCAGCCAGCCUAGUACCAAUGUGCUACCCCCCCGUCCGGCUUCCUACAGUGUUAAUCCCCAAGUCACAGGGUUGCCCGUUCAUCAACAGCGAUCAGUACCUGAGAAUACAGAAAUAAGAUAUAGGAGUUAUUCCGGUGAUCUCCCACAUACCUAA